AUGAAAAAAGACUUAAAAAAAGGCAAAGUUGUUGAAAUAAAGUCAGCCACCGUUAAAAGAAAGUCCAAAAGAGGCCGUUCUACGGACGAUAACGAAGUCGCUGAACUUAAAAAAGAAGCAAAAUUAGAAUCUACACGAGUUUUUUCAAUCUUUACGCCAAGAACUAGUGUACAAUGGCAUGAAUUUGAUUCUGUUUUGAUUGGACAACAUACACCAGAGGUUGAAAAAACAGGACGUUCGAAGAUAGCUGCUUUUGAUUUGGAUGACACUUUAAUAACCAUAAAUGGAUCCCAUAAGUAUCCAAAAGAUGAAAACGAUUGGAAAUGGUGGAGUAAAAUUGUUCCCAAGAAAAUUAAACAAAUAUAUGAAGAAGGUUAUAAGGUUGUUAUAAUAUCUAACCAAGGUAGUUUCGAAAGUUCAAAAAAGACUAGCGAAAAAAAAAGAAAAGAUUUCAUGAAUAAAAUUAAUCAUAUGGCCAACAACUUAAAUAUACCUUUCGAGGUUUAUGCUGCAACUGCGAGAGAUAAAUAUCGAAAACCGAUGAUUGGAAUAUGGAAUUACAUUAUAGAACACGGGAACGAUGGAGUUGACAUUGACAUUGAAAGAUGCUUUUAUGUCGGUGAUGCGGCUGGUCGCGAAGAGAACUGGAAACAUAAUACACAAGGUGACUGGAAUGAUACCGAUAGAAAAUUUGCUGAAAACAUUGGAAUAAAAUUCUACACACCAGAAGAAUUUUUUGAUGAUGCUAAACCGGCACCUUAUUCCUACGGUGAUUUCAAUCCAAAGAAUCAUCCGCGAGAUGUUGAAUUAUUCAUUCCUGAUUCACCGCCACUUGUUCCACCAGACGGACACUGUGAGGUAGUUAUAUUUGUUGGAUAUCCUGCGAGCGGAAAAACUUCAUUUGCAAAGAAAUGGUUGGUAAAUAAUGGAUACGUGCAUGUGAAUCAGGAUUCUUUAAAGACAAAAGCAAAGUGUACGAAAACUUGCGAAGAUGCUCUAAAGGAAAACAAGCCAGUUGUUAUAGACAAUACCAAUGCCGAUGUCGAAAGCAGGAAAGCAUAUAUCAAUCUUGCAAAAAAAUAUAAAGUUCCAUCUCGAUGCUUUUGGUUCCAGGCAUCAGAAGCAUUAGCUAAACACAAUAAUAUGUAUAGAGCUUUUGGUGUGGUUAAUGGACCUCGCCCGUUACCUGAAAUUGCAUUUGUGGCAUUUAAAUCAAGAUUUAUUGAACCAAAGGCCGAAGAAGGAUUCGAAGAAAUUAAAAAAAUCAAUUUUAAUUUCGAAGGGAAUGAAGAUAAGAGAAGAACAUGGGAAAUGUGGUAUCUAUAA